AUCACACUCCAUACCAUUAUCCCAUUUGGAGGUUGAGGCCAGGAGUCGGGGACGCGCAUCCAGCUGCCUGUGUGGUCUCUGCGCUCGUUCACGACCAUGUAGGCACCUGACCACUGCAGGGGGACAGAGAGAUCCCGCUGAUAAUUUGACCAUCUAAAAAUCUCCGCUCCAGUGAAAACCCGUCAGAGCGGCGUCUCCUCUGAACAGGAUGGCGGAUGAAGAAGUGUUCCGGGCGGAGGAUCAGACCGUGGACGGCGGCCUGCUGCCGCGGGACUACCGGCGGCUAACUCGGCUGUACUGCAUGAAUGGCGGACACCACCUGCAGAUCCUGCCCGAUGGGACGGUGCAGGGGCAGAGGGAUGAUGGGGACGUUCACACUGUUCUAAAGAUCAAAGCUGUGGACAGAGGAGUUGUGGUCAUCCAAGGAAGAGAGGCCGGGAGAUAUUUGGCGAUGAGCGAUGAGGGACGUUUGUACAGUUCACCCACAGUCACUGAUGAAUGUUACUUUCUGGAGAAACUGGAGGAGAACCACUACAACACAUAUCGGUCUCAGAAAUAUCAGGAGAGGAACUGGUACGUGGCUCUGAAAAAGAACGGAAAACCUAAACUGGGUCCAAGAACUCACAUCGGACAGAAGGCCGUCUUCUUUCUGCCCCGACAGCUGGACGACUCCGGGGAGUGAAACCAUUCAUCCCAACACAACAGCGAUACCUCGACUGAAACUGACUGGAAGCUGCUAAAGGAAGAAUUUGGUAAUGCAGUUGACAGUGCUGGCUUGCAAGAAAAAAAAGGUGAAACUGUUUUUUUUGGUUUUUUUUAGCUCUGAUGCAAACACUGGUCUUUAUCCCCAACAGAAAUGCACUGUGCUUUAUCUUGUUUCUGUACACAACAUUCCACUUCAUCUGUGUUAGCAUAAAAUCUGAAGUUGGUACUGUCACAGGUGGCAGGUCUUCCUAUAGCAUUAAAGAACAACGUGUAAGAAAACAGUCUCAUCAUCAACAAACGCAGUGACAGAGCCAGAUGAGGUUCAAUCAGUAGGGACUGCACUGCUUUCAUUUGAUGUCAUUUAAGGGCCAUUUUAAAUGAUUUUGUUGGGAUGAGAGCAAAUGCAGUACACAAUAAUAUCCUAAAAUAUAAAGAAUUAAAGAAAAAGUCCUUGUGUAGUGCUGGUAAAUUUUUAUCAUUGUCUGUAAAAUUGUUUCCAGAUGACCGUGACAUUUGGCAGAGAGUUAGUCCAAGGGCAGGAACGAGUAACUCAUUUUUCAUGUGGAUCUGGAUCCAUGCAUGAUCGCAGGAAUUGCUUUAAAAGGAUCAUUGUGACUUAGGAAAAAUCUUAAAAAUGUCCUAUUUUCCCAUAAACUACUGAACCCUCUCACUUGAACGUUAGAUGACACAUGUAAUUGACUGGGAAUGUUCCUGGCUUGGUUUUCUAGUUUACUCUUCUGUAAUCUACGCUUCGCUCUUGAGAAAUAAUGCCUCAGCAGAAAAAAUAAAUAAAAUCAAUUACCAACAUGAAAAGGCCACCACAGGAUGUCAUGAGCUGAAAAGGUUAAGAGUGACAGCUCUCCCAGUACUUCUGGAUGUCGUCUCAUAUUCACAGCAGUUACACGUUUCUGCCACUUGGUGCCAGCACUGUGUAAAAUCACCCAGUGAAUCAUUUAACAUACAUGUCAUACAUACAUUUUCAUGCCUUUUCCUCCUCAGUGCUGUGACUUCAUAAAACUGACUUGUAAAUGAAUCCCUCUCUCUGGGUUUUAAUUGUAUAAUAACCAUAGAUGUAUUUAUCACAGUAACACAGACGACUCAGACAUGUCGCGUUAAAAGUGACAUUUAUUUAACACUAAACGUUUCCUGUACAGUUUCAUAACAACAAAACCCCAAGGUUGCAGCUCUACAUCACAUAGAAAUAAGCAGAGUGGGUCUGUAUCAAAGCCAUGGUAUGUAGUUAGAAGUAUGAAGUUAACUGUUUAAGGCAAACAGUUCAGUUUACUGGACCAGACUUAAAUCUGUAUUAACUCCUUCUAUUAACAACAACUGUGAUUAAAUCGUGAAAAACUGUUUUCUCCUGACACGCUGUCUGAGACCUGAUGGGAACGUCCUCUGGGUUUUAUCGGUUAUGUUUCUAAAAGUGCACCUGCAUACAACAUUCUUUGAUAUAGUUUCAAUACCCACAAGAUACUUAACAUUUUACACCUCAUGAAGAAGUUUCUUUAAAAAAAACAAAAAAAAAAAAAAAACAAAGUUGAUUUCCUUUCCCCAUGUGUCAAUUAAAUCUUAAGGCAAAACCCCACUUGGAAAUGGAAUUUGAGUUAUUUUUAUGCUCUAAGAUAAUGUGAUCCAAAUGCUUCAGCACGGUCAUUAACAGCUGAAAUCCAGACAGCCAAAGACUCCUCUCUGUAAUCACACAGCUUUUCCACUGACAGUGGAUGUGAUGUCGACUCCACUGACUCAUUGAGGAGUCACGCAAAACGUCAAACCGUUACAUCUAAAUUAGCUUUUUAAGGAUGUGAACCAGAAAACGUGCUCAUACGGCCCCCGAGAAAAAUCCUCUCAGUUGCUGUUGCUGUCCAAAAAAAAUUUAAUGUCUCCUUGCCAUCUGGUUAUUUAGUUGUGGCUUGUUUGUUUGUUUGUUUUUAAAUCAUCAUAAUCUAAGGUCAUAUAUGUAACUUUAACUCUUUUUCCAAGGUGAAUAAUUUUACCUGAUUUAACGUACAACAAAACAUUUAACAGGCAAAAUCAUAACU